GGGUGAUCAGUGUUGUGGUCCUAAUUUUACUCCUAAUCUUUCGCAGAAAAAAAUAAAGCUCAGUCAAAAACCCUAAAAAAUGUCUUCUUCUCAUUUCUCAUCAACACAGUCUCAAAAUCCUACAUCUCUGGGUAUAAUCAGAAAAUCCCAAUGGAGAGUCAUCUGCAAAGAGAAAAACGUACAUCAAUGUGGAGUCUUCCAUAUGAGAUUCAGGUAGAUAUUUUUAUCAGAUUACCAGUGAUUUCAAUCUUAGCUUGUAGAUGUGUUUGUAAGAUUUGGUGGAAUCUACUUUGUGAUCCUAAUUUUAUCAAGAAUCACCUUAUUCUUACCGGUAUCAGCAGCAACCCUAGACUCAUUUUUGGUCAUUCUCGGUCUAAUAAGAACCCUAUCAUUAACUCCAUGGAUUACAAAUCAAUUUCAUGUUUCUCAAAGGCGAAACUUGUUUCAAUGGAUUACCCAUUUGAAAAUAAGAAAAUUAAGGCUAUUGUGACUCUCGGAUCUUGUGAUGGCUUGAUUUGCUUAGGAAUUUCUAGUGGUGGAAUGGGUAUUGAGGAGAAAAAUUGUAUUUGUAUUUGGAACCCAUUAACUGGUGAAUAUAGGAAUAUUAAAGUGUCAUUAUCUGAUUUUCUGGCUGAAUCAGAGUAUUUUGUUAGGUAUGGGUUUGGUUAUGAUAGCAACAUGGAUGAUUACAAGUUGGUUAAAAUUUCAGAUAAUGAACAUCCCGGUUGCUUGAAGAUUCAAGUUUAUACUUUAGGGACUAAGUCUUGGAGAACUAUUCAAUGCACUGAUCAUUACACAUUUCCUGGUCAGUUGCACGAAAGGCUUCCUGGGGUGCUCGUCAAUGGAGCUCUGCACUGGAAAGGCGGUAGUACCACCUCCACUACCAAAGUAAUCUUCCCCAAAGUUAUAAUUUCUUUUGAUAUUAACAGUGAGAGACUCAGGGAUUUUCCCUUUCCUGGAGAAACUUUGCCACCUUCAUCGGAUUGGAAAAUGUAUAAAGAAGUAGGGAUGUUGGAAGGCUUCCUUUGGGUAGUGUGUUCUGUCAUAAAUUCCCGAACGGAUGUAUGGGUGAUGCUAGAUUAUGGAGUAACAAAUUCUUGGACUACAAUAUUUUCUACUACCCGACUAUCAAUGACCAGGUAUCAAUUUUUCAAGCCGAUAUGGUCAUUCAGAAAUGGUGACAUUCUAGUAUAUACCCGUGACAGUAACCAAUUAAAUUUAUGUGAGCAAGAUAAUGGAAAAACUAGAAAGGUUCUACUCCAUGGUGUUAAUAUGAGCAGGUAUCCAGAGAGUUGUGUGGAGAGCCUGGUUUCUCUCGAUACAGGUACUUACGUGGAGAAAAGGACUACAAAUGGAAAUAAGAAGAAACUUCAGCAACAGCGAUUGAGGUGAAAAUAUAAAAUCUUACACACUAGGUGUUUUUUUUUGGUAAUUAGAUUAUGGGUUCUGCAGUUACUUAGUUAGUAAUGUUUUUUUUUUGUUUGAAUAAGCACGAAUGACUUGUUAGGUUUCUUAUGAUGUACAUUUUAUUUCUUAUGGUGUUACCCAUCUUUGAUCUGAUUUUGGGCGUACCUUUGUUUUUUAAUAAAUGACGGAAAAGAUUUGCUUUUUUAUAAA